UUAAGAUGAUCCUGAUAUAUGGAUGAGGCCGACGAUCAAUAUUGGUCGUUGGAACUUUCUCGAUUUAACAUAUCACGGAUCACUGUGGAUGCACAGAUCUAUCAUUCUUUCAGUUUCUUGAAUAUUCGAUACUUCCCUUCCAAAUAACCCUGUCCUUUCGAACAUUCAUAUGAGCAGCUUGGAAUACAAAGAAUUACCGAACCGUCCUGAGCAACCAGGAAGUUCGGUUAUGCGCACGGAUAUGUAUGGUGGGAUAAGAAAUCAAAAGAUGACAACAGGUGCUUGUCGAAAAUGUGGUUAUCCUGGACAUCUUCCAUUUCAAUGUUACAAUUUCCUGCGACCUAGCGGAGGACGCUGUACAGACAUCUCUUCCACAAGUUCAGAGUCCGAAUACGAGACACCACUUACUGCCAAAGAAAGCAAGCGGAAAAUGAAGCGAAAAAGCAAGAAACAUAACGAUCACGAACACCGUAAAAGGCGGAAAAAGAGCCAUAAUAGUUCGACAAAGUGUAAGAUCAAGAAGAAGAGGAGGGAGAAGCGUCUUAAUUCAUCGACCAUGCAGCCAUCAAACUUGAAAAAAAUGAAAACCGGGACUGAAUAUAUUUACAAAUGUUCUUAAUUUAAUAAUUAAUAAUUGGUGGACUUGUAUUCCGGACAAAAAAAUAAACUAUUUGGACUAUUAGCCUUAUGUACUAAAAACUAACGAGAAGAAACAUGAAACAAGUUGGAGUACAGCAGGAA